AUGUUUGAGAUUUGUGCUCAAAAGUCUGAUUUCGCAGAUGACUUACAUCGAAUAGCAAAAACAGUUAGAGUCGCAAAGUUUGACUCUGAAUCAAGUGGUGAACAAUGUGAGAGAAAUAAAAAGGACAAGCCUUAG